AUGAGCGACGGCGACAAGCAGGAUCGUGGUGCGGGCGCGGACCUGUUCCACCGCGUCUUGCGGGAGGUGCCGUCCGUCAUCGCGGGCCUCGACAUCGGCAGCGUGCGCAGCCUGGCAGCCGCGUCGCCAGCCGCGCUGAACUCCGUCCUCAGGCUCCGCAAGGGCAUCGUCGUCAUCAGUCACUGCGCCCCUCUGCUCGAGGUGUUGGCCAGGGAGCCGGCCGACCACUUGUCGCCGCACGGGCGCGCUCUCGACGCGAUGUUCCUCGUCAUGGCCUCGGAGCGCGCGGGGGAGCCGCUCGAAAUACGCGGGAUGAGGCUACGGGGCAACCUCGACGUGGCGCAGGACGGUCGGCAGUCCCCGCCCCUGCCGCCCGACUCCGCCGCGGCCGCGCACAAGUGGGCUCUUGGCAACCUGCUCGCGCGUCCCGCGCUGCUGAAGAACCUGCGCCUGUUCCGGGCCACCGAUUUCCAACACACCGCAGCGUACCUCGACCACAUCUUCAACGCGCCCGGCAGCAGCUUCGCGAACCUGACGACGAUGAGCUUCAUGAGAUGCCAGCUCCGCGGCCGCGAGAGCGACCUCGCGCGCGUGCUCCGCGGCACCAGGCUGACGGACCUCAACGCGGCCGAGUGUGGGCUGACUCAGGGCGGCGCCUGCGAGAUCCUCGGCGCGCUGAGCGGCUCCCUCAAGCACCUGAACAUCUCGCACAACGCCGUUGGUGACGCCGGGGCCGCCGCGCUCGCAAGCGCCAUGGGCUCGCUGCCGCGCCUCGAGACGCUGCGCGCGAUCAAGUGCGAGAUCAGGCCUGCCGGCAUGCGGACUCUGGCCGCGGCGGUGCGGACGCACCGGUCGCUCGCACGGCUCGUCCUCACGGAGAACACCGCGGGACCAGCCGGGAUGGUGGCUCUCAGCGACGCAGUCUGCGCCUGCAAGACGAUGGCGUCCCUGGAGCUGGACAACGUCGCGAUCGGCAACGGCGGGGCCGAGGCGGUCGCGAAGCUGCUGCGCGAGUCGUCGCUGCAGCUGCUCUCGCUCCGCGACAACGCCCUCACCGACCCAGGGCUGCAGGUGAUCAUGCACGGGCUGCGGGCGAACAAAUCGCUCGAGCGCCUCGACCUUUUCGCCAACGACGCAGAGGACGGGACCUUCCGCGUCCUGUGCGACGCGAUCGAGGUGCACCCUCGGCUGCGGCACGUCGACGUGUCUGGGCCGUUCAACGGCCUGGGAGGCGCGGCGAUCGAGCGCUUCGCUCGGUUCUCCGAGAGCCUGCAGCGGAAGCCGCCGCUGAGGACCCUGAUGUUCAGCGUUGACAGCAACGCCGUGGCGGACAGGGUCAAUUCGAUUCAGCGCCUCGAGGUGUGGAGCGGCGCGGAACUGAGCGUCCUGGUCGCUCUGCCGAAGGAGGGCUUCGUCAUCCAGAGGGUCCCCGGGAACGACGACGUGUGGGAGGUCGUCAUGCCCUGA